AUGGAUGGUGGUGCUGAUUUUGUACACAAACAAGCAGUCACUAGGGAUUAUGUUGCACAACCGAGGAUAAGCUAUAGGACCGUGUCGGGUGUCAAUGGACCCCUAGUUAUUCUGGAUAAUGUGAAAUUUCCAAAAUAUGCCGAAAUCGUCAAACUUACUUUAGCAGAUGGUAGCAUAAGAAGUGGGCAAGUCCUUGAAGUGAGCGGAAAGAAGGCGGUUGUUCAAGUCUUUGAAGGCACCAGCGGUAUUGACGCAAAGCAUACCACUUGUGAAUUUACGGGUGACAUUCUACGUACUGCGGUGUCUGAAGACAUGCUUGGGAGAGUAUUCAACGGAUCUGGAAAGCCGAAAGACGGUGGUCCAGCUAUUCUCGCCGAGGAUUAUUUGGACAUUCAGGGUCAACCUAUUAACCCUUAUUGUCGAAUUUAUCCGAAAGAAAUGAUACAGACUGGCAUAUCAAGUAUUGACGUCAUGAAUUCCAUCGCAAGAGGACAGAAGAUCCCAAUUUUCUCUGCGUCCGGUCUCCCUCACAAUGAAAUUGCAGCUCAAAUCUGUCGCCAGGCUGGCCUUGUACAUGGGGGUGGCCCCGAUGCCAAGGAAGACGAACGGGACAACUUUGCCAUUGUGUUUGCUGCGAUGGGUGUCAACAUGGAAACCGCCCGUUUCUUCAUGCAAGACUUCAAAGAGCAUGGUUCGAUGGAGAAUGUGUGUUUGUUCCUGAAUCUUGCAAACGAUCCAACCAUAGAACGCAUCAUCACGCCCCGUAUCGCACUUACUACGGCGGAAUAUCUUGCCUACCAGUGCGAGAAACACGUCUUAGUUAUUUUAACUGAUAUGAGUUCGUACGCCGAAGCUCUGCGCGAGGUUUCUGCUGCUAGAGAGGAAGUUCCUGGACGACGUGGUUUUCCCGGCUACAUGUAUACUGAUCUGGCAACGAUCUACGAGCGAGCUGGUCGUGUCGAGGGCAGAGGUGGUUCUAUUACUCAAAUUCCAAUCCUUACGAUGCCGAACGACGACAUCACUCACCCUAUUCCUGAUUUAACGGGCUAUAUUACUGAGGGACAAAUUUACGUCGAUCGUCAAAUUCACAACCGCCAGAUUUAUCCCCCAAUAAACGUCCUACCUUCUCUGUCGCGGUUGAUGAAAUCAGCAAUUGGUGCGGAUAUGACGCGGGAAGACCACGCCGAUGUCUCGAACCAGCUGUAUGCAUGCUAUGCUAUCGGAAAAGACGUCCAAAGCAUGAAGGCAGUGGUUGGCGAGGAGGCCCUCAGCCCCGAGGAUCUUCUUUAUCUUGAAUUCUUGACGAAAUUCGAAAAGAAUUUUAUUGCUCAAGGCCCCUACGAAAAUCGCAGUGUCUUUGACUCACUUGAUAUUGGCUGGGAGCUGCUGCGAAUCUUCCCCAAGGAGGUUCUAAAACGAAUCCCAGCACGCAUUCUCGAUAUUUAUUAUCCUCGACGCAUGGAAACGACUGCUACCGCACGUUAA